AUGAGUAAAAGCGCAGGGAGUAAGAAGCAGGCCACUCUAAGUCGAUUUUUUACGCCUACCAAACAGAAGCCAAUACCCAAACUUACUGAGCUAAGUGAGAACUACGCCAAGCGAGACUUCAAUGGCGAAGACAGUGCAAAAAAGAGACUGAAAGCGGAGGUACUGCCUGCAAAUGACGAAAUACAGAAAAAUGAGAAUAGCCUGAACAGUUCAACAAUAGUUGUUGAUGAUCAUGAAUCUGGUGUUGGUGUAGCAGCAAUGAACGAGACAAUUGCUCCUACACCAGCACGUAAAACAAAUGGAAGUAGUAAAGCGCGUGCUCCGAAAGGAACCAGAGCGAAAUUGACUCCAUUAGAGCAACAAUUCAAGACACUUAAAGCUCAAAACAUGGACAAAGUGUUGGCUUAUCAGGUAGGGUAUAAAUUCAAGUUUUUUGGUCAGGACGCUGUGGUAGCGUCUCAUCUUUUAAACAUAAUGCUCAUACCUGGGAAUAUAAGUUUAGAGGACCAAAGUCACGACCGAUUUGCAUACUGCCUGAUCCCGGACAGUCGACUUCAUGUGCAUUUACAGAGAUUACUAAAUAAUGGCUUGAAGGUGGGCGUAGUGAAACAGACAGAAACUGCGGCAGUGAAGUCCGUAGAUGGUCUGAAUAAAUCUGGGCUCUUUGAAAGAAAAAUUACUGGUAUUUAUACAAAAGGAACCUACAUGGGAGAUGAAUUGUUCACAGGAGACCCAACUAUCAAUAGAUCUAACAAUGCUGACUAUGUGGCUGAAAGUAGCUACAUUCUAUGCAUAGACGAGCUGAACUAUCCUAAGGAAACAGCAAUAGUCGCUGUACAACCCGUGACAGGCGAUAUUGUAUACGAUACUUUCUCUGACACUUUCACAAGAGACCAGCUUGAAAGCAGACUUGCAUAUUUGACUCCUAGUGAAGUAGUGAUAAUAGGGACUUCUGAAGCCCCACUUCGGGAGACGAAAUUAGCACUCAAACUUCACAAUCCUAGUAUCGCUCUCCAAUUCAAACAGCGCGAAUCUGUCGAGGCCAUACAAGCCAAUUUAGUUGACUUCUUCCAAAGCCUUGAUUCUAGUGGUCGCUUGAACCACUUAGCAGAAUACUAUACCCUUAAUUUUCCCAUCUCAGUUCAAAGUUGCAUCGAUCAGUUAGUGAAAUACUUGGCUGAAUUCAAGCUCAGUAGCGUUUUCACUAUCCCCGAGAACUUUACAAAUUUGACUGACACUAAAAAGUAUAUGCUUUUGCCCAUUAAUACUCUCAGAGCGCUAGACAUUUUUCAAGUUCAAGACGAUCCAGGCGCAAAACGCGGCACAUUGUUGUGGUUACUCAAUCAUACACAUACUAGAAAGGGACUGAGCCUUUUGCGAGAUUGGAUCAGCAAGCCUCUUAUUCAAAGAGAUGAAAUUUUGACAAGGGCAAAGGCCGUCAUGACUUUCAAAAGUGAGACCUUCGUCCACCUUCUAGAUGCUUUCAAGAACAGUCUACUGAAUUUAGGAAAGAGCGGCGUCGAUCUAGAUCGAUGUUUGAUUAAAGUUCACUAUUCAUCAACAUACCGCACGGAUAAGAUCUCAAGAAAAGAAUUUUACAUUAUGAUAAAGAGCUUCAACGACAUCUUACAACUCUUUCAGGAUUUUGGACAAUCUGGAUUGGACGACUUCAAGAAAGUUCAUAAAGAUAGUGAAUUGCUAGUUGAAUUAUUCGAGUCUAUAUUCGAAGCGAGUAAAGAUAAUAUGGCCGAGGUUUUUCUCAAACAAAUUGACGCCGCAAAUGCUCUUGAAGACAAAGACUUGAGCAAGCAGAAAAUCGAGUACUUCAAUGUCAGCCAGUUUCCUGAGGUUUUCCCUGAAAUUCAGAACGAACUCAACGAAAUCGCAACUAUAGAUUUCCUUCUUUCAGAGGAACUAUCCGAGAUAAGAACAUAUCUCAAAAGACCGCAGCUUUCAUAUGUGACAGUUUUGAAAGACACUCAUCUAAUCGAAGUUCGCAAUGGCAAAGCUGUAGAUGCGCUUCCCUCCGAUUGGCUCAAAAUUAGCGGAACAAAGUCUGUUUCAAGAUUCAGACCUCCAAAAGUAGUCUCCUUGCAUAAACGCAGAAUGUAUCAUAGCGAGAAAUUACUCAAGGAAUGUGAUGAAAGCUUCAAUCGAAUUCUUCAAGAUUUUGAUUCUCAUUACAUUUAUUUCAAGAAUAUUGUUCACAGAAUCGCAACGUUUGACUGCCUAUAUUCUCUAGCUAAAGCUACUGUAUCGGAGACAAAUCUCUCUUACACUGUUCCAAAAUUUGUUGAUGAGCAGGUCAUUGACAUAAAAAAUGCGUCACAUCCGAUCAUUCUGAAGCUCGGUUCCCAGAACAUGUAUGUGCCCAAUGACGUCAAUCUUUCGUAUCUGAAGCAAAGAGUCAUGAUAAUCACGGGACCAAAUAUGGGUGGAAAGUCCUCGUACGUUAAGCAAAUAGCAUUGAUUGUCAUAAUGGCGCAAAUCGGUUGUCCCAUUCCCUGUUCUGAAGCAACAAUGGGAAUCUUCGAUCUGGUGUUCGUUAGAAUGGGGGCUUCCGAUGAUAUUUUAAAAGGCAAAUCAACUUUUAUGGUCGAAAUGUUAGAAGCAGCGAAUAUUGUUAAUCUGUACAGUGAGAAAUCGUUGGUUAUAAUGGACGAAAUCGGUCGGGGCACUGGGACAGUCGAUGGAAUUUCGUUAGCGCAUUCGAUACUCAAAUACGUGAUUGAGGAUAAGAUGGGACCUCUCACUCUCUUUAUUACCCACUAUCCAUCCUUGCAUACUUUGGAAGAUGAGUAUCAGAUAGUCAAGAACUCUCAUAUGGCGUUUUUGGAGUUGAAACGCGACGGAGAGAAAGGUUGGCCAGAGGUGGUAUUUUUAUUCAAACUCGUUGACGGAGUGGUUUCAAACCUGUAUGGAUUAAAUGUCGCCAAUUUGGCUGGAAUUGACCCAUCCAUAAUAAAGACAGCGCAUGAAGUUUCGGAAGAGAUGAAGAAAGAACUUGAAGUCGAGGCUGACCGUCAGUGGUUGAACCAAUUAGACUUUACCAGCAUUCAUAAUUUAUUAAAUAGUUUAUAG